AUGGCAACUUUUCUUAUUUCUUUGCUUGGUGCUUUCGGUGUUGUCAUAAUCAUUAUUCUACUUGGUCUUGUUCUGGCACAAAUAUUUAUCAAUAGAGCCAAUAAAAUUCAAGCACACACAAACAUUAUAUUUGAUCAACCACAAAGUUUAAUUAUUGAUAUUGAUGAAUUACCUGAAGCUCAACAGGAACCAGGCAUAACUGUCAUAUCGAAUGAUGUAAUUGAAGGUAUAUCUUAUCGUCAUCAUCAUUUAACAAAAAAAACUCUAUCAGUCAUUGACCAAGAUGUUCAAAUCAAUCAUAAGAAUGAUAAAAAAACAACAAUCGAACAAAUAUAUGCUGAAAAAGAUCUAACGAUACCAACUAGAACUGAUAGUGGUGCUAUAUCAUCAGAUAUAAGUAUCAUAAAUCCACUUACAAAUAAGAUUACACUGGAAUAUUAA